AGGAAUUAGUUCCCUUGAGUCAUUAACCCCACUUCCUCUGCAUGCUUGUGUCUAGGCGGUCUGUUCAUGAGCAACGGUGAAACAUGGAAGAGACAGCGACGCUUUGCCUUGUCUACCUUACGUAACUUCGGCGUGGGCAAAAGCACCAUGGAGCAGAGUAUCUGUGAGGAGAUCAGACACCUGCAGGAGGAGAUAGAGAAGGAGAAAGGUGAACCUUUCAACCCAGCAGUCCUCUUCAACAAUGCUACGUCCAACAUCAUUUGCCAGCUGGUGAUGGGGAAACGGUUCGACUACAGCGACCACAACUUCCAGACCAUGCUGAAGUAUUUGUCUGAAGUUUUUCAACUGGAGGGCUCUGUAUGGGGUCUGCUGUAUCAGUCAUUCCCCGGAGUGAUGAAGCACUUGCCAGGUCCUCACAACAAAAUGUUCACUCAUUUCAACGCCAUCCAGGACUUCUUCAGUCAGGAGAUAGAGAGCCACAAGAAGGACCUGGACCACAGCGAUCCCCGGGACUACAUUGACGCUUUCAUCAUUGAAAUGAAGAAUCACAAAGAGUCUGAUCUGGGUUUCACUGAGACCAAUCUGGCUCUGAACUCUAUGGAUCUGUUCAUGGCUGGAACGGAGACAACCUCCACCACUUUGCUUUGGGCUCUGGUUUAUCUCAUAAAACUCCCUGAUAUUAAGGACAAAGUGCAGGCAGAAAUAGACGGAGUGAUCGGACGGACCCGACAGCCCAGUAUGGCAGACAGACCCAACCUGCCCUACACUGAUGCUGUCCUCCACGAGAUCCAGAGGAUUGGAAACAUUGUUGCUCUGAAUGCACUCAGAAUGGCCGCCAAGGAUACGAUGCUGGGUGGUUACUUCAUACCCAAGGGUACGUCCUUGUUGCCCAACCUAACCACUGUGCUGUUUGACAAGACUGAAUGGGAGACUCCGGACACCUUCAACCCUGGACACUUCCUGGAUGCUGAGGGAAAGUUUGUGAAGAAAGAAGCUUUCCUGCCUUUCUCUGCAGGGAAACGUGUGUGUCUCGGUGAAAACCUGGCCAGGAUGGAGCUGUUCCUGUUUUUGGUCGCUUUACUACAGAAGUUCUCUUUCUGUGUUCCUGAUGGAGUAGAGUUGAGUACAGAAGGAGUAACUGGAAUUACACGCGUACCACACCCCUUCAAGGUUCACGCCAAGGCUCGCUGAUGUAACGUCUCACUGAAUCACUUUUCAUCUAAACAAUGUGUAAUAAACUGGACAAAGCAAAACGUUUUAGUGGAGAAAUAUCUAGUUUAUCUCAACCUUUUACUGUUGUGUCAUUGCGCUGAUGACCUUUAUUCUCUUUGCCUGUACAUUUAAUUCUAUUUGAUUAAGUUAUUAUUUACAAAAAAUAACAAUGGCACUUUUUAUAAGACAUUUCCCUUUGUCCUUUUUCCUUGUUAAUGGCAAAAUGAAUAAAGAUUCCAUAUACAUGAGCUAUGUUCAUUAAACAAUCAAGCUGUA